ACAUUAGUUUUGCGGCUCCUUUUAAAAUUGUUCUCCAUAUUAUACACAAACUCCACAAUUUCUUUAUAGCUAUUGGUGGUCCAGGACAAAUUUCCAGUCUUAGUUACCAACUCGAAACACUUUAACCCAUGAGUUACGAUGUAUGUAUCGGAUGAGCAUCGUUUUUAUCGAAAGGCGCGAAGAAAGUUUUCAUUUAAGACCUAUGGCCUGCUGUUUCUCUGGCUCAUUUUGGCCCUGAUCCAGUGGAUGGUAAUCACUUUAAUAGAAGAUGCAAGGACAACUUUCCGGUCGUUGUACUACAUCUGUUUCGUGACCUUUGCACUGGCCGUGGUGAUAUUCAUCAUCUUCAUCUUUGUGGAGAAGGUGCGUUUUAUAAAGUGUCUCAACUUUGUCAUGGCUUUGGUUAUAGUGGAACUGCAGAUCAUAUCCACAUUUGCUCUAGUCGCCAUUAGUUGGUGGGCCGAUGCUCUCACCUUUUUCGCAGUGGCCGUAAUAUUAGUGGCGAUUUUCCUCAUAAUAGGAAUAUUUUUACCAGCAAAAAUGGAUCUCACCCUAGACAUUGCGGUUCUAUUCAUAAUCGCAUUUAUUUUUCUGAUUGUCGCCAGCUUCGUUCUACUAUUUGAAUUGCUUGUCUGGAGAACCGCUCCGUACGCCUAUUUAGUGGUAGAGCUGUCUGUAACCCUAACGAUUCUUGUGUUCGUGAUGUACCAUGCCCAAACAAUCAAUGGAAACCGAUUUGCGGAAAUGCGUCUGAAUGACUUCUACCUGGGAUCGCUAAUACUGUUCCACGACUUUCUCAUCAUUUUCUGGCUGACGUUCUAUUGGCAGGUCUUUUAUAGACCCACUACGCCUGAUUCCUGGAUAGAAACCUCCACCCCGAUUGAGUAUUACCAUUCCCUAAAUCGUACAGAGGAUCGAUAUAUGAAGCCUGACUGGGAUUCAACAACUGAACCAUCCUGGACGGAUACAGAUUGGAUAACAAGGAGCUAUGAUGACGACGAUGACAACGAGCAAGGUAACAAACUUUACCCCGAUUUUCCAAGAGGUCCUGGGAGAGAAGGGAAGCAGCCAGAAUAUGAAAAUAGAAACCCUUUUGAUGGAAACCCCUUCGAUAGACGAAGGCCUGAUAACAGAGAUUUUACUAUAGAUUGGUCAGUUUACAACCAAAGACCAAAAAACGGAUUUCGGACCAGAGGAAGGUCCCGAACUGUACGUCCUGAACCAAACGGCGUACAUCACGCCCAUCGCAAUCCUGACGAAUGGGAUCCAGAAUAUAUUACACAAGGUGCAGAAAGGGAUGUGCCAUUUGAUGAUCGCCCUGGAGAGCCACAUGACAGUGAACAUCUACCCCCCAACCAGGAUAUUGGACCGAGGAUGGAUAGUUCUGACGAUAGAUCAGUAUAUCGUCAUGGAGAGUCUAUCAGUAGACAACCAACACCGAAAGAUGAAGUUGAACCAAGGAUAAAGGAUGAUGAUGCUGAAGGAAAACCGACAGCUGGCCUUGACAAUCCAACUUUCGAUUUUCCCUUGGCAGACUACCAACCGAAUGAUAGUCCUUCGAUGGGUACUACAAAGGAGGUUUACAAGUCAAAAGGCUCUCCAAAUAUAUACAUAGUUCCUAAGGCCCCAAUAAUCGGUAACCAUGAAUAUCCGUCAGGUGCUGAGAACUCUUAUUUAUUGAGUAAUGAUCCGCUAAGCCAUAUGCAAGAACAAGAAAAACUUGAAACUUUUACUCGAUCUUCGGAAAUAUUCAAUCAUGACCCUCAAGAUCCCGGUGAUUUUAACUUACUAAGCGACGAAAUGAGGGAACAUGAAUUUUCAUCAAUCAGGCCACAUUUUACCUCAAAAAACGCACCCCCUUGGGAAGAACUGAGCAGAGAUGAGAUAAUGAAGUUGUUAGGGAAGCAGGUUCCGGAAGACAGGAACAAGUAUCGCACAAAUCUGGAUCGUUGGGUAGAGCCAAUAAUUACAAGGGAGCCUUAUCCAAUAAACAUGCCAGACUACGAGAAACUUGUAAUGAAUGAAAGUGCGAGCAUAUUGAUAUAAGCUCUCAAAGCCGUAGACAAUAUAUGAAUUAUUCUCCCCUAUAAAUUUAA